AUGGCUGCCCACAACCUCUCCACCACUAUUCUAAUCUUCUCUCUCCUCCUCUUGGCACCAUUUUCUCACGCUUGCGGUGUAUGCCAACCCAAGCCCACACCCAAACCAAUGCUACCUCCAAAGGCUCCUCCAGUGAACCCCUUCUGUCCCAGAGACACCCUGAAGCUUGGAGUCUGUGCUGAUCUUCUCGGGCUCGUAAACCUCGUCGUUGGUUCGCCUCCGACCAGCAAGUGCUGCGCCGUGCUGGAGGGCUUGGCGGACUUGGAGGUUGCAGCCUGUCUUUGCACUGCAAUUAAGGCCAAUGUGCUUGGAAUCAACUUGAAUGUGCCUGUUGCUCUUAGUGUGCUGGUUAGUGCAUGUGGAAAUACCAUUCCUACCGGCUUCAAGUGUGGAUAG